CCGAGGGAACAGUCGCUCUGUGAUUGGUCAGGUAAAAAGACAUUUAUUCCCUGACAGCCCUCAUCCCAUGAAUGGUUGUCUAUUAACUUGUUCAAAAAGUAUCCGGAGUUGUCAAGGCUCUGGCGAAGAGGGAAAAGUAGCUUGUUGUUUCUUUGAGACCAAGAGAGAAGUUUUUGGACACAACAGGACCUACUGGCUGAAGGCAAAAAUACGUUUACUAUUUCUGCAAAGUUACUGAAAACGACAAGGUAACUCCAGCUACCUUUGUGUUGGACUUUUUUCAUUGGUCGUGCAAGUUUAAUAAACAUCUGUUUAUAAUGUAUAGCAUGAUGGAAACUGAACUGAAACCAACCGCACCCCAGACAAAUUCUGGGGUUACGGGGAAUUCAAAUUCAUCUGGAAACAACCAGAAAAACAGUCCGGACCGAGUCAAAAGACCCAUGAAUGCCUUCAUGGUUUGGUCGAGGGGACAACGAAGAAAGAUGGCACAGGAAAACCCCAAAAUGCACAAUUCGGAAAUAAGCAAAAGACUUGGGGCCGAGUGGAAGCUUCUAUCCGAAAGCGAAAAGCGACCUUUCAUUGACGAAGCGAAGCGUCUCCGGGCUCUCCACAUGAAGGAACAUCCGGAUUACAAAUACAGACCCCGGAGGAAAACCAAGACCCUGAUGAAGAAGGACAAGUACACUCUGCCAGGUGGGCUUCUUGCGCCGGGCGGCAAUGCCAUGGGCGCUGGAGUGGGUGUAGGGGGAGGCUUGGGCGGUGGGGUUAAUCAAAGGAUGGACAGUUACGCACAUAUGAACGGCUGGACCAAUGGAGGUUAUGGCAUGAUGCAGGAGCAGCUUGGCUACGGGCAGCACCCCGGUUUAAACGCUCACAACACCGCGCAGAUGCAGCAAAUGCACCGCUAUGACAUGAGUGCACUUCAGUACAACUCCAUGACAAACUCCCAGACCUACAUGAACGGAUCACCCACGUAUAGCAUGUCCUACUCACAGCAGAGCACUCCUGGAAUGACUCUGGGCUCCAUGGGUUCGGUGGUCAAGUCAGAGUCCAGUUGCAGUCCCCCCAUAGUCACGUCGUCGUCUCACUCAAGGGGUGCUCCGUGUCAGACUGGAGACCUACGGGACAUGAUCAGUAUGUACUUACCGGGUGCUGAGGUGCCGGAGCAAACUGCCCAAAGCAGACUCCAUAUGUCCCAACAUUACCAGAGCGCACCUGUACCAGGCACGACGAUUAAUGGCACACUCCCAUUAUCACAUAUGUAAAUACACUUUAAUAAGAGUAACUGGACUACUAUGGACUAUUUUUGUACAGAGAUUUUUGGGUGGUAAAAGUUGUACAGAACUCAAGGAAAGAACAACUUUUUUUCUAGAAAGUUUUUCAAUGGUGUUUGCGUUUGGAAAGUAGAAAGUGGGAGUCUCAAUCAGUUGUUUUAUUAUUGCAAUCACCUUUUGUACAGUAUUUAUAUAUAAAAAAACAUAACAAUCAGAUGUAAUUUUUGUAAACUACAAGAGGUUACAUUUUUAUAAACCGAAAUUCUGCAGAAAAGAAAAUGGCAGAAUUGAAAUUGAGUUCAAGAUACUCCUAAAACCGCAAACAUUGGAAUAGCGGAAGUAGGCCUAUAAGCAAAGCAGGUAAAUGUUUCUCCUCAAGGUUCAUUAGUACUAAACCAUUUUAAUUUCUUUAUAAAAAUAAGAAUAAGCAGAAACCUUUCCUUACAGGUUAAGCAUAAUUGUUAAUUUAUAUUUUGUCUCCCACUUUUCAUCUUUUAGAGGUAUGAAGUUUGUGUUCCUUAUUUUCUAAUGAUUUGUACAAUUGAUGUAUAUUUACUGUGAUAUUUUAAGUUUUUAUUUCACAUUUCAUUCCCGUAGUUGUAUUUUAAAAUGUGGUCUGUACGCAGCAGCCAACACUCCAUGUAUAUAUAUAUUCGAACUAAUUUCAUCAUUAUAACAGUUACAAUUUCAGCGAAGUUUUUUCAAUAUGCAGUUUGAAAUGAAUAAAUUUUGGAAAUUUGGAUACUUAA